CCUGACCUCUUACCGUCUGCUGUAUACUUUUCAGGGAAACUAGGUUCUAACACCAAGACCUCAAGAUGGGAGAUGAAGAGAAAAGGAACAGGGCCAUCACUGCCCGCAGGCAGCACCUGAAGAGUGUCAUGCUCCAGAUAGCUGCCACUGAACUAGAGAAAGAAGAAAGCCGCCGUGAAUCAGAGAAAGCCAACUACCUGUCUGAGCACUGCCCACCCUUGCACCUGCCAGGGUCUAUGUCUGAAGUACAGGACCUGUGCCGGCAGCUACACGCCAAGGUCGAUGCAGCUGAAGAAGAGAAGUACGAUAUGGAAAUGAAGGUUCAGAAAAGCACCAAGGAGCUGGAAGACAUGAACCAGAAACUCUUUGACCUUCGGGGCAAGUUCAAGAGGCCUCCUCUGAGGAGGGUGCGGAUGUCCGCUGAUGCCAUGCUGAAGGCACUGCUGGGCUCCAAGCACAAGGUGUGUAUGGACCUGAGGGCCAACCUGAAGCAAGUGAAGAAAGAGGACACUGAGAAGGAAAGGGACCUUCGUGAUGUGGGUGACUGGAGGAAGAACAUUGAAGAAAAAUCUGGAAUGGAGGGCAGGAAGAAGAUGUUUGAGACUGAGUCCUAGGCCUGCCUGCCCACCUGCCUGCAACUGCCCACUGGCUUGCCCACUCAACCGUCCACCUCCCAAGCCUCCUCCCUCCACCGCAGCCCUAUUUAUUCUAGGCUCAUUUCUCCCGCUCCUUUGCCAAGGCCAGCCCUUCACUCAGCCCCUCAAAACCCGGCUCCUCGCCCUGCCCUGUGGCCCCAAGGACCCCUGCACAGGCUCAACUCUGCUUGGCUGCACUUUUCCAAAGGGCCCAAGCCAGUGAGAGG